GCCAAAGCCGUCAUUUCUCCCGAGUGAUGCUCUCUGUCGGCUUUGGCUUUCACCAAAACCCUAAAACCUUUGGAGCAGCCAAAAUCAGUCUCCAUGGCGCUUCAUCUCGCGAGACGCAAACAGAGGUUGCUCUCGAACCCAUCUCUGAUUCAGCUUUUCUCGACCUCCUCAUCCGACCCACCUCCCCAAGAUGGCAAUGCAUCGGGCGAUAACUCUUCCCAGUCUCCGCCUUCUUCAUCGCCUCCCCAGUUUUCGUUCUCUUCGUAUUUCGGCGAUGUCAAGUCCAGUCUGAAGCAGCAGCCGCAGCAGCAGCAGAACGUGAGAAAUCCCUUCGCCAGAUCCGAUGCCAACGCUCAAAAUCCUUCAUCUUUUACGUUAUCCGGUAAUAAGUCAGGUGGGCCAUCGACCUCUAUACUGGACAUCAAGAAGAACCUCGCCGAGUUCCGCCGGAGAUCCGCCGUUCCUCCGACGGGUGAUUCCGCCGUCGCUCCGCCGUCGCAGUCUCAGCCGCAGGUUUCGUUUCACGAGCUCUACAAGAGGAACGUUGCAUCCAACUCCGGCGAUUCAUCGGCAGAUCCUGGUUCUCUGAAAUUAACGAAUAUGGGUUUUAGCGCCAUCAGGGCGAGCUUGAAGGAGAUGAAGACCCGAGAGGACGUGACAAGCAGUGUAGAGAAGAAAGGACCAACCUUGUCGGGUUUCCAGAACAUGGUGAAGGUGAAACCAAAUCAAAAUAUCAAGUCAAAUGUGAUCGGAGGAGCAGAAGCAUAUUCAUUGCCCCUAUCCGUGUUCGGUAAGGAAAUGGAAGAAAGGAAGGCGGGGAAGGGGAAGGGAGGUGAGACAGAGGGGAGGAAGACUGAUCUCGUGAAGAGUUAUAGCGCUGACGAAUUGGGAGAGAAACUAAGGUUGCUUAGGCCUGAAGGGAAGAAAGAAGAAGGAUGGUUCUCACUGCAGGAACUGAAUGAGAGGCUGGUAAAGUUGAGGCAAUGGGAAGAGAAUGAGAACAAGAUCAUGGCGAAAAGUUUUGCCUUGAAGGACUUGAGAGCUGGGAUAGAAAGAUUGGCCAAAGAUGAUGAGGAAGUGAAAAAAUCUUCUUUGCACAGGCUCGACAUUUUGAACCAUUUGGGCGGUCCUAACUUUAUGAAUCAUCCUCCAAAGGAUCAUCUUGUCGAAAAUUAUUCCCAUCCGGACAACAUGUCUUCUGCGGAGAAGAUGAAACUCAAGCUAGCAGAGGUCAGGGAAGAGUUUAAAAAGUCGGAAUCAGACUGUGGUUCUUCGAUUGUCCAAGUGGCACAAUUAACUGUUAAGAUCAAACAUCUAUCAUCUGCUCUACACAAAAAGGAUAAGCAUUCGAGGAAGGGACUUCUGGCUAUGGUGCAGAAACGGAAGAAGAUAUUGAAAUAUAUGAGACGGAAAGAGUGGGAUGACUAUUGCAUUGCUCUGUCAAAACUCGGCCUUCGUGACAACCCGGAUUACAAAAACUGAACUUCUUGGUGAAACCUCAUGAAUCUGAAGUAUAGCAGAGGAAAGUCCAUGUUUUACUGGAAAGUGUUUUACGUUUUUGUUUUACUGUGAUUGGUUUUUGUAGACUUUGAUCCUAUUUCCUCAGCAAAAGAUGCAGUGUUUCAGUUUGGAUCUUCACAGCUUUAGCAAGAGAUGAAGUUAUGUCUGGAUAUCUCUGUAUGCCAUCAUCAUUUAACAUGAUAAUAAAGUCCUCUCUGGAACAAGUCAUUUCUUACA